ACCAUGCACUGGGUCAUACCGUUGACGAUUUUGAUUUUUCAGCAAGCUUUGCUCGUGCAGAGUGAGAAGGUCAUCCGUCUAACUCCUCAGGUUGAAGCUCACCUUACAUUUUUGCGCGGACUGGACAAGCGUGAUGAUAUUGAGAUUGACUUUUGGAGAAGUCCAAGCUAUCUUUUCCAAGCAGUUGAUAUCGAGGUUUCAGAGAAAGACCUCCCAACCCUUUCCUCCAUUCUUAAAGACCAUGGUAUCGAUUUUGAAGUCCAGAUCAAUGAUGUGCAGAAACUGAUAGAAGAGGAACUUGAAACGGUUGGAGCAAGAAGUGGAGGAUGGCACAGUAGAUAUCACAACCUUGAAGAGAUUCACUCCAAAUUGAUUGAAUUUAGCGGACGCAUGGCAUUCGUCUUAUCUCUGGGAAAGUCACACGAAGGAAGACAAAUGCGGGCCAUAAAGAUAAAAGGAAGGUACCGUUAUAACAAGCCGGUGUUUUUCAUUCAGUGUGGAAUACAUGCUAGAGAGUGGGUCUCUCCGGCAACCUGUAUGUACAUGAUAGACCAGCUGACUCAGAAGUAUGGAAGAGAUCAAUCAGUGACGGCCCUUUUAGAUAAGAUGGAUUUCGUUAUAUUGCCAGUUCUUAAUGUUGAUGGAUACGCUUACACCUGGAUAAACCCGAGAGACAGAGGAUAUCGCCUUUGGAGGAAGAAUCGCCGUUACCAUCGUUCAUAUCGUUGCCAUGGCGUGGAUUUAAACAGAAACUGGGGUUAUGGUUGGGGAGGCACUGGAGCAAGUCACCGGCCUUGUGACACCACCUUUAGAGGCUCUACACCUUUCUCGGAGAUCGAAACCAUAAACGUUCGCAACUAUUUAAAAGGACUGGAAGGAAAACUGAAAGGUUUUAUCGAUUUCCAUGCCUACAGUCAGAUGUGGUUUAUACCCUGGGGAUACACUUCCAGAAGAACAACGGACCAUUGGGAACAGAUGAGAGUUGCCAAGGCUGCUUCAGAUGCUUUGAGAAGGGUACACGGCACAAGAUUUAAAUAUGGCUCAUCUGCAUCUCUGUUGUAUCCUGCAUCUGGAGGUUCGGAAGAUUGGACCUACGGAGAGCUUGGCGUGACCUACUCGUUUUCGGUGGAGUUACGUGACACAGGUCAUCACGGUUUCUUACUGCCAGCUGAUCAAAUCAUCCCAACCGGAGAAGAGACCUUUGAAGGGUUAAAAGCCUUGGUCAGAGAAAUGAGAGUUUAAUCAUUCGAGGCGGAUAAAAUUGUGUAACUUGUGUUUAUAAAAGG